CUUUACCUGCACUUUACCCACCCAUGGUGUGGGCCAUGCCGACGCUGGCUGUGAUCACUGUAGCCCACGGCUUGCAGCGCCGUCGACGACGCGGAGCCCGCGGACCCAGCGCGAGCUGGGUAUUCUGCGAAGAAACAACGCUACCGAGUUGGAUGAAAGAACCGCCGGCAAAAGAUCCUAGCCGCAAGGAAAAGAUCCAGACCUACGAAGCCGCGCAGGUGUCUCCUGCGGCCCUCAGCCACAACUUGGCGCUGGUGAAGUGCAAGAGCAGUACCACCAGGUUGGUGUCCUACAAUCUCCACUUUCACCGCGACAGCCAGAUGAAGCCGAAUCUCAAGCGGGUUCUGGACGUUCUAAAGGUGCUGGAUGCAGAUGUUGUUGCGCUGCAGGAGGCUGGGCUGCCACCGGGGCUUGAGAAAGGCGGCUUUAAGUGCGGAGAGUCGGAUCAGAAUGCGGAGCUGUUGAAGUCUGCAGAUGUUUCUGGCAAUGUGGAAGCACUUACAAGGCAGAUGUUCCAAGAGACUCAACAAGAGGUCGUGGGAUCUGGAUCAACUGAGCAUGAGGGCAGUCAGCUCUUGGAGGGACUGCGUCAACUGGGAUACACGUACUGCAUCUACUCACCUGGUUUCUACAGUGGCGGCGGACAGUGUUUUUGUGGCAACAUCGUGGCAAGCCGACAUCCCAUGACAGGUGAAGCGGUGAUCUUAGACAGGAAUCGUUUCAAUGAAGAGCGCAGCGCAGCAGUGGCCACCUUCCAUGAGAUCGCCCAGGAACCGGUCACUGUGGUGUCCACACAUCUGGAUGUUUGGGCCGAAAUGAGGGGAUUCUUCGGCAUGGCGGAGGGUGAAGCCAUCCGGCUGCUGGAGUUCGAAGCCCUGCACCAAGCCCUGCGGUCUGGUGGGACGUCUGGUGGGACGUCUGGUGGCCAUGUGGCCAUCCUGGGGGAUUUCAAUACGGCCUCGCAGAGCAGCGUGUUGUUGAGCCAGGAACACCAACGACUGGCAGAUCUAUUGGAUAACCUGAGCCUUCAAAGAGAUCCCCAGGCGCUCAGACAUUUCCUGCCACGCAGCUCCCCUCGGCUGCCACAGGAAAUGACCGCGUUGGGCUUUGCAGAGAAGCUGGGCUACAGGCAUGCCUGGCAAGAGCUUCCUCAACCCAUGGCACCCUAUUACAGUCAUUGGAGCGGACAGCUGAUCGAUCACUGCUUGCUGAAGUCCAAUGGCUCCAAGAAACCGCGGGUGGCUUUUGUGGGGGUCUACCACAGCGAUGCGAGUGACCACUUGCCACUAGUGAUUGAUCUUGAGUUUUGAUGCGGCAAACUUCUGCAGAACAGCAGAGAUAUUAGAUAUAUCCUAAUAUCAGCCAAAAUUGGCGUACAUGUUCGAAAGUUGUGCGGCUAUGCAAGCCCUCAUGGAAAGUUCACUGAAACCAUGACAAGUUCAGAUGAAGGAAGAACGGGUCUGACACUUCCGGCCUCCUGAAUAAUUCAAGCGUCAAAUAGAAAUAUUCGGGCCUCCAGAGCAGUUGAGUCUCCCAGUUCAGAUUUCCAAAGAUGAAUGAGAACGGGGUGACUUCGUUUGAAGAGUUGGGAAGCUGCAAAGAAGGCAGGCAUUGAUUGAUUGAAGAUGAAAAAGGCUUGGUGCCAGUGCCCAGUCCUCG